AUGGCAGGACGACUAACGCGUGGAUUUUUCCAUCGAGAGUUAUCAGGUGCGGAAGCUGAAAAACUUCUACAAGAAAAAGGCACAACUGGAAGUUUUUUGGUUCGCCCUUCGAACACUCGUCCAGAUGCUUAUGUAUUAUCCGUCCGUCGAACUACUGGUGAUAUCACUCAUAUUCGUAUUCAACGUACAAAUGAUGGUUUUGAUUUGGGUGAGGGACAAGAACGUUUUGCAACGUUGUACGAUAUGAUUAAACAUUAUAGACAAAAUGUUGGAGAAUUGAAAGAGAAAAAUAAUGAAACAAUUCAAUUAACAACACCAAUAUUAGCACAAAUGCCAACACUUGAAAGAUACUAUCAUGGUCUAAUUCCGCAUGCACAAGCCUCAUCUUUAUUGCUGGCUUGUGAUAAAAUUGGUUUAUUUCUUGUUCGCGAUAGUGAAACAGUACCAGGAGACUACGUUAUUUGCGUUAAGACUGCAACAGAUAUUGCAAAUGUAAAAAUAAAAUGUUUAAAUUCCGAAUGGUUUCUCGAUGGAAAAGGUCGACGAGAACAAAUUGAUCAUUUUAAAUCGCUAGAUGAACUUAUUCACUUUUAUUUGAAACAUAAUAUUCUCGUUGCAACAAAUGGAAAUGCAUUUUGUUUAGUUGAACCGUGUUGUUCAAAUUGGUUUUACGCAAAAGAUAUUGCAAAACGUUGUGAACAAUUAACAAAAGUAAUUCAUCCACCGUAUGGACAACGAAAUGGCUUUUCAAUUGAAUUUGAACUGUUAAAUCAACAAUGCGAACUUCGUUUGACAACAAAUCAUAAAGGAAUAGGUGAAAAACUGGAAAAUCGUUCAAGUAAUCGUUUCAAAAAUAUACUACCAUAUGAUGAAACACGAGUGAUACUAAAAAAUUAUUUACAGACUGAUUAUGUGAAUGCCAAUCGAAUUAAAUCCAUUGACUCAUCAAGUCGAGAAUAUAUAGCCACACAAGGUCCGUUAGUAAAUACUAUUACGGAUUUUUGGCAUAUGAUCUAUCAAGAGAAUGUUAAAUGUAUUGUCAUGAUUACUAGAGAAGUAGAAGGAUUAAAAAAUAAAUGCGCUCGUUAUUGGCCUGAAUUGUAUAGUACCAUUCAGUAUGGAAAUAUUUCUAUUGAAAAUUUAAGUGAAACAAAUUUUGGUCCUCCUCAAGAUCCUGCUGUAUCUCGCAACAUGCCAUCGUCACGCGGUACUCCACCAAUUCUCCAACAAAAACCAGUUCUGCCUUAUCAAAAUGAUGAUGAUUGUUAUUAUCGUGUACGUAUCCUUCGUUUAGUCUAUCUGUCUGAUGACAUGCAACCAAUAAAAACAUGGGAUAUUGUACAUUAUCAAUACUUAGCUUGGGGAGAUCAUGGUUCGCCAUUAAUGCCAGGGACUAAUUUAAAUGAACGUGAUAAUGCACAAUUACACAUUUUACACGAAUUUUUUGAGAAAAUUAGAAAAAAUAAUACACAAGAUUUUUCAUCACCAUUGGUUGUUCAUUGUAGUGCCGGUAUUGGUCGAUCAGGAGCAACAAUAGCUAUCGAUAUGAUUUUAAACAAAAUUUUCACUGAAGGUUUAGACACUGAAAUCGAUAUACCUGGUUUAAUAAUACACAUACGUUCACAGCGAUCAGGCUUAGUUCAAACUGAACGCCAAUAUGAAUUUAUUUAUCGUGUCAUUGAAUAUUUUGUUGAACUACAAAUAAAACAACAACAACAAUUUCAACUUCAACCAGAUUAUAUGAAUAUAAAUGCUCAAUGA